GUUCUGCUUUCCAGGCUCAGAACAACCCCUCCACAAUUAAGGACAUUGGUUACUAUGCACUUUCGGGUUCCGAUGUGCCAGCACCACCCCAAAACACUGCCGUGGGAGGCAAAGCAUCACUCCUGCCAAAGCGUACGCCUGUCUCGGACCGAGAGAUAGAGGCCAUAUUGUUGGGUGGAUGCUUUUGAUCUUUUCCAUCAGAUGUCGUGGAAAGAAAGCGUAGUGAUCGUUCGAUAUCUGGGUCGGUUUAGUUGUUAGCCAAAGACAUUGACCCAUACAUUUGUGGCAAACUUUUGCAUUCACCUAGAAAGUUAUCAGAAUCGUCUCGAUGUAGAUUCUAUUCUUGUAUGGAACUGUUAAAUCACCCGCCCCGGGUCGGGUGGAGAACAAAACGGCCAUUUCGUUGCUCGAAACUCCGAGCAGACAUUUUCGACCUUCUUUCUUGUCUCCUUUUCAUAAUUUAUCCAUGGAAGAUUUCUUAAGCUACAACAAUGAGUGAUUCUCUACAUGAAAUAUGAAAUGAAAAAUGGUGUGAUAUUUAAUCACUAA